CAGGAUCUUCUCGCUCACGGGGCUGGGCAGCGCCAGAUUCAUAGGAAAUGAAGUGUUGACCGUCAUAGGCUAAAGAGCAAUGUCACUUCGGUUGAAUGCAGCAGCACAUCGCUUACGCAGAGGGGCAGCCGCGUCACCAGGAACUGCCGCCAGAUGGUGAGCACGUCUCUGGCUCCGAGCGGCACCGCGGUUUGCCGGCGUGGACUGGAAUGCACGUACGAGCAGUCCUCCGUCAGAUCUGGCGCGGCGGAGUGACGCGGCUCGGUUACCGGCGGAGCCAUGAGAUUUGGCUACUUUGCUACUGGCGGAGCGACGAGAUCGGGAUGCAGGAGAGGUAGCAGAUCCGGAUUUGCGACAAGAUCGGCGACUUUUGGUGGUACCAACGGAGGUGGCGGCGGAUCUGGCGCGGCGGGAGGCUUGACGAGCUCUGGUGCGGGUUUUGGUACCGUCGGAGCCACCAAAUCUGGUUCCCGGAGAAGCAGCAGAUCCGGCAGUGCGAACCCGGCGAGCUCCGUCGUGCGCCUGCUCGACAGUACCUCUUGUGGUUGAGCAAAGCGAGAACAAAACUCAGACGAGCCAUUUCCUCUCCGUCUCUGAUUCACGUGCAGUGGUGGGACCUGGCGUGUUGAUCGACGCGUAAUAUUAAAAUAGUAUUAAUAAAGCUUGGAUUUAUUA